AAUAAUUAAAAACUAAAAAAAAAAUUAAAAAUAAGUACGAGGAAUUAAGAAAUUCAAAUAUUUACGAAUUGCGUAUAAAUUUAAUUAAAAAAAUUUUAAUUAGCAAAACUAAAGUUAUUAAGUACUUAGCCAUAUUAAUUCCGUCGUACAGCUGUUUAUUGUACUUAUUUAUUAGUGUUUUUAAAUAAUUGUGGUGCUGCUGAAGAGUGUAAGCUUAGCUUUGCUUAGUGUUGUUGUUGUUGUAGCUCUGUAAGUAUUAGUAAAAAUAAGUGUUUUGAGCAAGCGUGUUUUAAGCAAAUGAACAGUAUUAUUUUAAACUGAAAAAGGACAAAACAAAAAAUAUUUUUACUCAAAGCAAAUAACGAAGUGGAGAAAUAGCUAAAAAUUUUGAAAUAGUUAAGAAACUAAAUUAAUUAAGCUGAGAGAAAGUCAAAUAAUUGCUCAAUAUAAAAUAAGAAUUUCGAAAAAUAUACCACAUACUUGCAUUGAUUUGAAAAGGUCAAAAAAGUUGGUGAAGUUUUGCUCCAGACUUGUUUUAAAACGUAAAUAAAACUUAAGCGAAAGUAAGACGAUAUAAAGAAAACUCGAAAAAAGUAACCAAAUAGCUGUUUUCGGGUGUAAACUAUUUUCGAAAUAAAUUAAAAAUACCGAAAAAUUUUAAAAACUCGUUCGAAAAAUAGAUUAUGGUUGACAGUGCUUGUAAGUACUACCGUUACUGGUAAAAGUGAAAACAAUAUUGAGAUUUCAUAAGAAACCUAGUUUCGAAAACUCAAAAAUAUACAGAAUUAUUAAAAAAACAGUAAAAAAUUACUAAAUUACCAAAAGCGAUUUUGAAACUUACACCAAAUAACAGAAAAAGUGGCAAGCCGAAGUAAAAUAUUAAAAAAUUUGGUGAAACAAAUUUUUUUGGAACUUUAAUAUUUAAAUAUGGUGAGAAUUAAUAAGUGAAAUUACUGUAAAAACGGAAAUUUUAAGCAAAUCACUCUCAGAAAGAUUAAAAAAGUUAUUCAAAAACAACAAAACUUCAAUAUUUUGAUGUAAUUGUAAGAAUUAUUGCGAAAAGUACUUAAAUUAAAGGAAAUAUUUGAAAUAAAAAAUUUCAAAAAUCUAGUUUUUGAAAUAUUUUCACCAACAAUACAACGAAGACAGGAUUUACGGACAGUUCAAAACUUAUAAAAAGUGGAUUAAAGUUUGGAGAAAUUUUGAAUAACGAUUUGGAUUUUGAAAAUUCAAAAAUUUAGUCUAACGAAAAAAGUAAUGUUGUUAAACGAAUGUAUUGAUUACUAACAAAAAGUAGCGGUAAAAUAAAAGCACUGAGAGCUGCGAAGAAAUACUGUGCAACAAAUUAUACUAAAAUAUUCCUAAAUAUGCCGAAAAGUUUAACAUUUUAAAGCCAUUUCAAAAAACAAAUUUCGAAUAAAGUUCGAAUAUUUCGAAAAAAGUCCGAAUAAUACUUCGAAUAUUUCGAAAAAAGUGCGAAUAAUACUCGGAAUAUUUCGAAUAAAAUCCGAAAAUUACUCCGAAUACUUCGUAUCAAGUUCGAGUAAUACUCCGAAAAAUCCGAAAAGUACUCCGAAUACUGAAUACAACCGUUAACCAACAAAAAAAAAAAAAACACGGGACUAAUAUAUCGAAAUCGAAAUAUACGAAUAACCUUUGGCGUUUAUGUAUAUGUGUCCAAUUCGUUGAAAAAUUAAAAAAAAAUUGUGAAGAAAUUAAAUUGUUGUGUGCAGUUGGCUAAAUUACAGUUUCGUAAAUUUGUGAAAUCCAGUGAAAAAUUGAGUUUUACAAUAAAUCCUUCUACACUCCGAAAUUACUCUCCGAAAAUACUUCGGAAUUUUGCCGAAUAUUAAAUUACACACAUUUGUGACGAUCAAUAAACAGACGCACUGAAUUAAGCAAUUCUUGUGAACAAAUUGCUCAAUAUAAAAUAACUUGCUCGAUUCGAAUACUCUAAAAAAUUGUAUGAAACAAAGUUUUAUAGCGAAAUUAUUAACAACAAACCCAUACCUUGCCAAACCCAAUCAAAAAUUUGUUGAGCAAAUAACCGCGAACCAGUCUUAGCACCUACCAACAACAAUUCCAGCUAAAGUGAAAAUUUAAUAAUAUUCCAAGAAUACCUAAAUUCGAAACAAAAGCAAAAGCAAUAUACUCAAAGAGCAAUAAAAUUGCAUAAAAAGCGAAUUGAAAAUCGCCAAACACGAUAAAAUAACAAUCGUAAAUCCGACACAACCUAACGGCAGUCACAAUUAAUAGCACAUUUGUCAACAACAACAAGGCGCACAAUCCCCCGCACUACCAGCCCACAACCGUAGCCAUCUUUGCCGCCAACGUGCCAUCAAUAAGCACUAAAAUUGCGUCAAUAAAAAGGAAACCCUCUCCAGUCCCCAUUCCACAUAAGCAGCUCAUUCUAGCGACAGCGGCAGCAGCAGACGGCGCAGCAGAGGCCUCGACAGCGGUAGCAACAGCAGUUACACCAACAGCAGCAGCGGCAGCAGGAGCAGCGGCAGCGGCGGCAGCAGCAGCAACAGCAACACCAAUAACAACAAAUAGCCAUUUAACGGCAUACACGGAACCGUCAUCUGUGGCAGUGGCAACAACACACGCGACCACAGCAAUAACAACAGCCACAACCAACGAAGCAGACACCAGUCACGCUAACAGUCUUGCUGACAUUACAGCAACAACACCUAACGCAUUAGCGCCAACAACAGCGACAGCAACAACAACAGCAGUAAUCGGUACACCACCCGUACUCGAUUAUUUGAGUCAACAACAGCAGGUGCAGCAAACACAAGCGGUGCCACAGCGCUCCACCGCCGUUUCCGCUGCUGCUUCUGCUAAUUUGAUUUCACGUCAAACGUCGCAACAACAACACCAACUGUCGCAAUCACAGCCACAGCAGCAGCCGCUGCUGUACACGUGCUCCUCCGCAUCGCUGGCGGCUUCAUCGUCAUCGAUACUGGCUCAGCCGCCGCCAACAAAGAUUUUUAAGACGGAUCAUUUGUGUGUGAACGCUUACGGUUUGCCCACUGUUGCCGCUGCUGCUGCUGCUGGGCAUCCUUGCGUCUACUGUGUCAUACCAGUUGUGGGAAGCUCUUCCACAGUACCGCCACCGCGUACAGCCUUCCCAGGUGCACCACCACCAACUUCAGCAGUCGCAUUAAAAGGGGCCCCCAGGCCAGCUAUGACUAGUCCAGCAGCAGCAGGCGGCUUAGCAGGUGCUCCGUAUCGCGGUGCCAGUUGGACACCACAGGGUUACGCUCCAGCUGCCGCUGCAGCGGCUGCUGCCGUCGCUCAGCAAGCCUAUAGAUAUACAGCUCCAUUGCCGCAACCAGCUUACGCGGCCUAUACACCGCAUACAGCAACAACACCAGCAACAACCACGUACGGUCAGCGUGUACCAACUGCAGCAUCGCCAAGUAAUACGAACUCGAGCAGCUCAUCAAACACCGGCUCACAGAGCGGAACUUUAAGUACUAGUCUGAGUAAUACCAAUACAAAUACAACAAUGGGUCCUAGUAACGGUACACAGCAACAAGGUGAACAAUUGUCAAAAACAAAUUUGUAUAUUAGAGGAUUGCAACAAGGCACAACCGAUAAGGAUUUAGUAUCUAUGUGUGCACAAUAUGGAACGAUUAUUUCAACCAAGGCUAUUUUAGAUAAAACAACAAACAAAUGUAAAGGUUAUGGCUUUGUCGACUUCGAGUUGCCAGCAUAUGCCGAGGGUGCCGUCAAGGGUCUACAAGCUAAGGGCGUUCAAGCUCAGAUGGCCAAAGUGGGUAUCUGGGUGCUUCAUAGGCCGGCCAUUCAACAAGAACAGGAUCCAACAAAUUUGUACAUUGCAAAUUUGCCACCACAUUUCAAAGAGACGGACUUGGAGAAUAUGCUCUCGAAAUAUGGGCAAGUUGUGUCGACUCGCAUAUUGCGCGAUCAGCAGAUGAACUCAAAAGGUGUUGGCUUUGCACGCAUGGAGAGUCGCGAGAAGUGUGAGCAAAUCAUACAGAUAUUCAAUGGUAAUACAAUACAGGGUGCCAAAGAUCCACUUUUGGUUAAAUUCGCCGAUGGUGGUCCAAAAAAGAAGAAUCUCUAUAAGAAUCCUGAUCCAAAUGCGCGAACGUGGCGUGAUCCCACCGAAGGGAUGCCGGUCGCCUAUGAUCCGACUAUGCAACAGAAUGGUGUUAGUGUUAAUGUUGGCACACCAAUUGGCGUGCCGUAUUCACGUUUUAGUGCACCACCGGUUAGCAGUUACCCAAUGACGACUGGAUCGCAAUGGAUACCCGGUUAUAUGAUGACACAGCAAAUACCGCAAGUUGAGGAUCAAUACAUACAAAUGGCUGCUGCCCCACAAUUGGGUGUCGCAUCCUACAAACCAGACGCUGUAAAUCAGGUGCAACCACGCGGCAUCUCAAUGAUGGUCAGUGGUGAUCCGUCUGUGCCAUAUGGACCAAUGGUGCCACAAUUAGCCACAUUGCAAAUUGGCAAUUCCAAUUUCUCUCCAUCAUUACAGUAUAUUAGUCCAACUUAUCCAUAUUAUGCACAACCAACAAUUAUUCCAACAAUGCCAAUGACAGAUUCCGAACAGGCUAGCACAGCUGCAUCACCCGAUGAGGCAUAUACACAGUAUCCACAUCCAGCCGCUCCCAAAUAGGUCAUCGCGAGAUGUAAUAUUAUGAUGCCGCGAUUGACACUCUAAUGGGAGUUGGAAGUGGAAUCGGAUAAACGCGAACAACAACAACAACAACAUAAUAAUAUGCAACAGUAGUAUAGACGAUAAUAAUAACAACAACAAUAACAAAUAUAAGCCACAAGUGGAAGGACAAAACGAAUGAAUACAAAACAAUACAAAUAUUGCAACAACUUAAACAACAACCACAACAACUGUAACUGCAACAAGGAAAUCGGCGACAACCAACAACAAUAAAAACAAAUAGAAUAUAAACCAAAUAAUAAAAUAAAAAUGCAAAUAUAUAGCGAACUACGGGUUGCCACUACGAAAACAAGUGAAAGCAAAUGAUUUACAAAUAUUUAAAGCAGUUUUCUGCAACAACAAAGCAAAUGUAAGAGAAGGCAACCAAAACAACUUGAAAAUGUAACAAAUGAAGUAAACAAAGGAUUAAAAUAAUAUUUUAUAUUUGUUUGCGAGAAUAAUGAAUGCAAGUAUGGCAACAUUUUAAAACAAAGUUGAAUAAUUAAAAUGAAGAGAAAUGUAAAGACUAAGUUAAACAUACACAUACAUAUAUACUUAUAGAAAUUGGAAAAAAACGCUGCAAACAAGAAGCGAAGCAAAGCGAAGGGAAAAAAUUGCUAAAAGCGUUACAUACAUACAUAUGUACAUUUGUAAUUUGUUAUAAGAAACGCUAAUAGAAAUGAAAGUGAAAAAAAUCAAAGCGACAUUUGUAAUGAACAAGCUUAUAACUAGCAACAAAAACAAAGGCUUGAAGCAGCGGGUGCAUAAUAAUAACAAUUAAUAGCUUAAUAAAGUAAUAAACUAUACACAAAAUGGCGGCACACGAACCAGCAGUGGCUAGUAGACGAGACGAGACGAGAAUCUUAUGAGCAGGCAAUAUGAUUGUAUUUUUGAAUAUUUAAAUAAACGAAGAAGAAGCGUUAGUCAAACACACUGUGCUGGCCGGUGGAAAUUAACUAAAAUAAAAUAAUAAUAAAUGAAAUUGAAACAUAAAAGAAAUAAGAUAAACGAAAAAAUGGAAAAGUAAAAGAAAUAUGAUUGAAAACCCGCUAAAAACAUGCAAGGAAUUUUGAAUGUAUUUAUGUAAUAGAGUACAUUAAAGUAUUUACAUUUUGAAUGAGCUAAUGAAACGACGAUGAAUUGAGUGCAUAAGUAGCAGACAAGGCAUAUGUAAAAGUAGAAAAAGUUGAUAAGCUAACGGCGUAGUGGGGGUUUGGUGAAACCAAUUUAUUUAUUUAAUACUUAAAGUAGAAAACAAAAAUGACCGUAUGAGAGAAGUAACAAAGAAGAUGUUGAAAUGAAAGCAAAGCAUACGUUGAGAUGUUGUUGUAAAAGAAGAGGAAGUAGCUGAGAAAGCAGCGAAGCAAAGUUUACUGGAAAUUUUACACAUGAUUGUUGAAUUUCUUUGAGUUUUUCAUUUUAUAAAUGACAUUUAACCGUUAUAUUUUUAUUUGUUACUUUUUGAAGAAGAAAAUUUAAACACAUAUACAUACAUAAUAGUUUGUAAUGAAACUGCGAAAUGCAGCAGCAAAGCGACGAGUAUUUACAUAAAUAAGUGGCAAUGCGGACCUAAAAAGUUCCAAAUUGUCGGACAAGCAAGCGUAAAGAAUGCAAGCCACACUAAUACAUAAAUACUAAUACAUAAAAAACAAAGAUACAUUGUACUUUCCGUCUCCAACUGCAUAAAUACACAUACACACACACGUGAACACAUUUAAUGUGUAUGAAAAUUUGUUAAAUACAUUUGUAUGAAAUGAUUUCUUUUGCAAGACAAAAACAUGAAUACAAAAAAAAAAAAUAAAAAACAUAAAAAACUUUAUAUAAAUGAAUAAGUUGAAAAGAUGAUGAGACCAGCGGUUGAUGAUGGAGAAUUGUUGAAGCGAAGGCAAACAGCAUAUUGGCAAAUACAAUUGUUUGCAACAUUUGCAGGCGUUGCGUUACGUACAUCAUGUUACUUUACGUUAACGCACGUCACGUUACGUUACGUAAGUGUAUACAGAAAGCAAAUGCAGAGAACGCGUUAGCGCAAGCGCGGUCAGGUCUACCGGCAUUGGCUGUUUUGAGCGUUCAUUUUUUUAGGGAAGCAAAAUAAAAAUGGCGUAAACUAACGUUAAUAUUAAUUUAAGUCAAGUCAAGGGCGGGGAAAUAAGGACUAAAUUGCAUUUAAGAAAACAAAAAUGUGAAAUUAAAAAUUAAAAAAAAAAUUAUUUUUUAAUUUGAAAAUGAGAGUUUAUUAUAAUAUGAACAAGCAGUUAGAGGGUAUGUGCAUAGAAAAUGUGAGCGAACGCGAGAGCGAGCGAGAGCGAUAGCGCAAUUUAGAAAGAGUCCAAAAAAAAUCACGAAAUUGAACCGUUAGUAUUGGCAUACUUAGCUCGAAAAUGUUGCAAAAGCAAAGCGCAUACAGCAUGCUAACGGCAGGUGGCGCAUGCGCGUUGAAUGUAUGUGUUGCUUAAGGACUCAAUUUUGUAGCGAAUAAAGCAGUUUUUGCUAAGAAAGAAAAACACAUACAACAAAAAACAAUAAAGAUGUUUAAAAAAGUGGAAAAAUGAAAUUGUAGAAUUUUUUACAUACAAUGCAGAAAAGCAAAAAUAAGUAGUGCAUAGCCAAAAAUUAAAAAAAAAUUAAAUAAAUAAAAAAGGAAAAUAAAAGAAAUAACAAAGUAACACAGUAGAAAACUAGUGCUGGAUGAAAAAACAUGGCAGAAGCAAAUGAAAGCAAAAUGGCUUAAAUGCGGUGUUAACUGAAAAUGUAGUUUUAGUAGUUAAAAAAGGGGAAUAAGUGCAUAGACUAGAUUUAUGUGUGUAAGAUAAUUGCUGUAGCAUUAGUCCGUAAUAAAUUGCAUAUACAUGCAUAUAUGUAUGUAUAUUUAUAUACAUAUAUACAAUAUAUGUACAUAAAAAUGAGAGAGAAAUAAAUUGUUUCUAUUUUUAGCACUCUUCAGUUACUUUGCUCUAGCUUUAAGCAUACUCUCUUUGUUAAGCAUUAGCGUUUUUCCUCCGCUCCCCUUUUAUUCUUAAGUAUUAUUAAGACUUUACCGUUUUUAGUGAGUAACUGAAAAAUUUAAACUGAAUUAAUGACGCAUUCAAAACAAAAUAAAAACUAAUAUAAAAAAUUUAAUAAACAAAAUAAUAGUAGCAGAAAACGUAUUAUGUGUAAGCAGUAAAAAUAAAUAACAACAAUAAUAAAAAUGUAAUUUGAGGCGAAAUUUGUGAGCAAACACGAGUUUACUGUAAUUUUGCGCGCUAAAAGUAAAGCUACAUUUUUUUUCUAAUUUUUCUAAUGUGAUUUUGAAAUGCAAAACCGCAAAAAAUUUAAAUAAAAAUAAAUUAUUUAAAAAAAAGAGAUAAUUUUUUUAAAUAAAAAUUAUGAUUUUAAAUAAAAAAGAUGAUUUUGAAAAAUAUUACUGAGUUUCUUUAAAGUCUAUUCUUAAAGUUUUUUAUAAUCUUAAUUGAAAAAUCCAGCAUUGUACCAAAUAUUUUGUAAUAAUUAAUGAAAUUAAAUUAUAAAAUAAUAGUAAUGAAAUUAAAAAAAUUAUAAUUUUUUACCAUUUUCAAACUAAAUUUCAAUUGUGUUUUCAAGCAAUGCAAAAUCCAUUAGAAAACUUUAGUAAUAUUAUUGAGCAUUAUAUGCCAUUUUUUUAUUUGUAAACUACUGAAAUUCAUGCAAAUGUAUAAAAGAGACAAAACAGGACAAAAAAUUAGAUUGCAAUUUAAAAAAGUUCUUCGAAAUAUUUUUUUGACUUUUGUUUGAGUGUAUUUGUUUUAAUAGAAUUAAAUUUUACGAAAAAUAAUCAUUUUUGAAUAUAAUAAUAUUUUCAAAAUAUAAUUAUUCAUAAAAAAUUUUUAUUUUUUUUAAAUAUUAAAAAUUGCUUUUAAAUAAUUUAAUUUUAAUUUUUAAAUUGUUUUCUAAGAAAUUAAUUUUUUUUUAAUUUUCCUGGAAAAUUUUUUUUUUAUAUUAAAAUUUUUUUUAAAUAAUUUUUUUGAAAAAUAUUUUUAAAAAUAUUUUAACACAUUUUCUGAAAAAUCAUUUUUUGAAAAAAAUAUAUUUUUUUCUAAUAAUUUUUCAGAAAAAUAUUUUUUUAAAUAUUUUUUUUUUGUUGUUUAGUUGCAAUUUUAAUAGCGAAGAAAAACUGGGGCAACAAACACUCAUGCAAUUGACACCAAAUAUUUAUGUGGAACUAAUUAUUUUGGAUAUGAAUAUUGAAAUAAUUUUUAUUAAAAUAUUGUUUAGGAUUUUUCUUUUACGUUCUAUAGCUGCUCUCAUUCAAAUUAAUAAAACUUUUCCUCUCUUUUGGUUUAUUAUAAAACAUUUAGUUUAAGUAAAAAUAAAAUAAAUAAAUAUGGCCAAGUAAUAACAAAAGCAAAAAAUGUUAUUAUUUUUGUAUUAAAAUUUUUUAAUAAAUAUUUUUUGUUUGUUCAUGUUUUUAUUAUUUUUUAGUAUAAUAUGUACAUGCAUAUUUUACUUAUAUCAAUAAUUAUUAUUUUUAAUUAAUUUUGUUGUUUUUGUAAAACUUUUAAGCGUAGCAUUUUUUAUUUAUUUAUAUGCACUUCGAGAGUUGACUACAAAAGUUCUCAAAUAGUCACUCAAAUGGAGUGUAAUGUGCUAGACGCAGUUUUCUAAACUAAAAAAAUAUUUAGCUUAUAGCUUAAAUAAUUUAAUUAUUAUUUUAAACAAUUGUAUCCAAAAUUAAAAAAAUUACUGUUUCUACAAUAGUUGGAAAAGGAAUUCUCUGCUAAAUAUUUAAUUGGAACCACUGCAGAUGUCAAAUGCAUUGAGCUGAUACUGCUGUGAACAAGAUAUACUUUUUAUUGUUUUAAUUAAUUUAAUUUUAUUUUUACUUAUUUUUUAAUAUUUUUAUUUUAUUUUUUUUAAUAAAUUUUUUUUUAUUAUUUUUAAACAUUUUUUUUUUUUAAUUUUUUAAUUGUACCUACUUUUUAGGUAUUUACACCGUAGCUGUGUUUUUCUUUGUACUCGAGGGGGUGAAAUAGUGUUUAGUAUACACAAAAAGACUAGUUUGGCAUAAGAAAAUAAAAAAACAAAAAACAAAUUUAUAUGAAACAAACACAAAAAGUAAUUCAUGAAAAACUAAUUGUAUUAAAAAAAUUGUAGUUUUUUAAAAGCAGAAAAGCAGUGGAAAUUAGUAAUAAAUUUAAAAUGAAUGAGAAUAUUGUAUUUGAACAAGAAACAUAAAAAAGUAGUGAACCAGUAAAUUUAGUAAUAAAAAUUGCUAAUAAGCGUGCGUUAAAAUUUAAGUAAACCAAUAAAUGAUAACAAAUAAACAAGAAGAAAGUAGUUUUAUAUGAAAGUUGAAACAAAGAAACUAAAUAAACAAAAGUAACAACUGACUUGUAUUAGUAAGAAAGAAAUUGAAAAACCAACAACAACAACACAAAACCGACACACAUUAAUUAUUUAAUUGAUUAUAGCGAAUCUAAUACGUUAACUGCAAAUAAUGAGUUAUUGAACUUAAAAGAAAACUUUGAAAAACUGCUUACAACAACAAUAGUUACAUACAAAAAGAAAAGCAAAAAUUAAUUGUUAUAAUUUUUAAUUUUACGUUUUGUGUCUAGUUGCAUUCGAAUGCUUUGCUUUAAAGUUAAUAAAGAGAAAUAAUAAAUUUUAAUAUGAAAGUACAUGAUACUGUGUUACUAGAGAUUGUUUGUAUUUGUGAUUUAAAUUUUAAAUGGAACUAAAAUAAAAUUAAUUUUGAAAAACCAAGCGCUGCUAGCAAAUAAAUUCAAAUAAUUUCCAAAACCAACAGGCGUAUUUACAUGGUUAAAGUAUUAAAGCAAAACCUGCCUAGAUAUGACCAACUGACACCCCGAGUUAUUACAAAUUUCCCCCAAAGAACGCUGCACAUGCGCUUGAUUUCAUUUCAUCAUUUCCAACACUGUUUUCUUCCAACUGCACCAAAUUAUUUUAUAGCAAAAAUAUUUAUUUCUUAGCGAAUUUCUAAAGGAGCUUUAAUAACUUUCCACAACAAAGCACUUCCAGUAUAUAAUAGAGGGAAUGGAAAUUAAAAAAAAAUAUGUAAACAUUUGAUAAUUAAAACUGGCAAGCAAAGCCUAUAAAAAUUUUUAUAUAGUUUCUAACUAGCGUGCAUAAAACAAACCACAACAUUCCAAAAUGCAUUACUUGUAACCCUUUUGUUUGGCAGAACAAAAAAUAUUUCAAAUCUAUAUUUAGAUUACAAAUACAAUAACCAAAAUUUAUGAUCCUCUAACUGCACUAUCCGUGCAACAAAUGUCUUCCUUUUAUAUAUAUAUUGAAUUCAAAAUAACCAUUAUAGCAAAGAAUUCAUAUACAAUAAAGAAUGAUAUUUUUAAUAUAUAUACAUAUUAUCUAAUUAUAUACAUACGUACAUAUGUACAUAAAUUUAUGUAUUUUUAGGCACAUAUACAUAAAGACUUUAAGGAUCAUAAAUAGCCAAUACUCAAACUUUUAGCCAAAAAAAAACGUUAUUGGUUUGCUACAAUUUCGAGAAGUCGUUUGAAUGGACUAAUAAAUUUUAAAGCUCAAAUGCCUAUUUACAUAUUCUAAAUGUUUACAUAAUAUAAGUUCUAAACUCCAAAAUCCCUUACAUAUAGUAGUUUUUUGCAAAUUUUAUGAUUUUUUCAAAGCUAUGGCAAUCGCUUACAAAAACCCUGAAUAAUGAUGCUUAGAAAGUGUAGAAAGAAAAAAUUAUUAAGUUCCUUUCAUCGUUAGCAUGCCACCAGACACUGUUUAUCAAGUAAAUGCUAUAAAAUUGCAAAUUAAUUGCAUAUAAACUCACCGAAAGGUGUAUGGAAGACUCAUUACGAAAGCUCGCGGUAGAAAUUAUAUGAAAGUUUGGUUUGCGAAUGAAAGCACUGUUGGCUUUAUGAAAGUUUCAAUAUAAAAUUCGGUUGAAAAACUUCUGAAAGUUUGCCUUGCGAAUGAAAGCAUCGAAAGCUUUAUGAAAGCUCGAUACAAGCGGUUAAAUAAUUUCGAGACGUUUGAACACUAUAAAGACCUUAGUGCUUCAACUCGCCAAUCCUGCUUGAAUAUUAAAAUUCCAUCAGGCUUAUAAAAGUUCCAUAAUGAAAAAAUGCAGUUGAAAACAUAUGCAAUUUUGGUUUGCGAAUGAAAGCACCGUUGGUUUUAUGAAAAUUUCAAUGAAAUCAUUGAAGCUUCAGUAUGAAAGCUCGGAAGUUCGAAAAUUUGUGAAAGUUUGGUUUACGAAUGAAAGAACGCAAAGCUUUAUCAUAUACAUAUUUUAGCUUCUGUAUGAAAGCACGCAAAUUAAAAAAACACAUAAAAGCAUAAUUUGUGAUUGAAAGCAACGUAAGCUUUAUGAAAGCUACAAUAUAAGAGCUGCUGUUAGCUAAAAAUUAUUUCAAAAUGAAAAAUUACCUUCAAAAAAAGCUUAGGGCGACAGAUUGAAACCCACCCGUUAACAAGUCGAAUGAAAUGAAAAUCACAAAUACAAAUCUAAUCCUCAAAACAGUUCCAUUGAUGUGCAAUUUUGUUUGUAACCUGAUUUUAUACAUUUUUAUUGUAUUUGUAAUUUAACGUUUGCAAAGCAAAUUUCAAAACACUUUUCGUAUUGCAAACGUGCUUGACACUUCGAUUUCUUAACUUUUUGUUAUUGUUUUUUAAAACACUAGUGUUGUUCUUGUAGAAAAAGAUGAACGUGUUUAAAGCUAGUAAUUUAAGUAAAAUUAAAAUUAAUUUAUUUGUAACAGAUUUUCUGCAGGCUAACACACAUUUGUUAAGAAAAUUUGUGCGAAAACGAGAACCACAAAUAAAAAGAAAAACAAAAAAAAGGAGCAAAUAAAUUGCAGAUGCAAACAAAAGUAUUUUUUGAAGAACACACGUUAAAAACGAAGAGAAAAAAUAAAAACGUUUAGUCUAAUUAAGAGGACAGAACAAACAAAAGUUGCAAAAACCAACAACAAAAACAAAAACAAAUAGCGUCAGCAAAAAUGAUGAAAAAUCCUUAGUUUAAGAAAUAUUAGUAGUAAAUAGAAAUGAAUGAAAGAAACGUAGCCAUUAAGUAUACAAAUAAGUCAAAACUCGAUUAUAAGCAUUAACGUAGAAGAAGAAGAAGAAGAGCAAAAUAGUAAUAAAAAAUCAUACGUUGAUAAGAAGUGGUACCAGUAGCAUAGUUGGCAAAUGAAAAUAGAGCAAGCAGAAUGGCGUACUGUUAGCAACAUACUUAUAUACAAACGUGCGACCAUCGGCGAAAAUAUGAGAGAAACAGUAGAAAUUGAAAAGUAAAUGCGUGGAAACGAAGUAAAAUAAGAAAAUGUAGUAUGUAGCAUGUAGAAAGUAGCAAAAGGUAGAUAGAAGCAAGUAAGCGAGCAACUGGCAUUCUUUAAUUGAUAAAAUCAAUUUAAAAAAAAAACUAAUAAUUUCUACGCCACACGCCCACAAGACCACGCGCAUAUAGUAUAGUAUGAAGGUGCAUGUGUCGAGCGCAGUUUUGCUUACAAACCUAAAAAUCGACAACAUUUCGUAUAAAAGUAUACACUUUGCAUCUAAUAACUAUAUAUAAUAAUUGCUUUUGGUGUGUCCUUUUUUCUUGCUUAAAAAAUAUGAAUUCUAUAUUUAACAAAAGCGAAUUGCAAUUGUGAAGGAUAACUUGUACGUUUUAAGAAAACACUAAUGGUAUUCGCAAUAGCUUGUAAAAACUAAGCUUGUCAUUAUUUAUGUGUUUAAAAAUUGAAAAGUGGAUUGUAAACCACGAUAUAUUAAAGAUGGCAAUGGAUGAGUUCAACUUACUACACAAGCUGUAACUUAAAGUUUUUAAAAAUUUAACACAAUUUGUAUUAUAUUACAUUUUAAAAAAUUUUAAUACAAUUUUUUUUCUAAAAAAAAAAUUAUUUCUAGUAUUUGAGUCAUGUUUCAAGUCAAAUGUCGUUUUUCUAUUUUAAUUGUAUUUUUGUACCUAUAUUAAUAUUGAUUUAUAAUAUUAAUUUAUAAAAUAAUUAUUAAAAUUGCGAUUUUUAUUUUUUAUUAUUCAAAUAAUUAUUAUAAUUCCGAUUUUAUAUAUUUCAUGGAUUGAUAUUAAUAUUAAAAAUUAAUUCAACAACAUAAAAAUUGAAAUUUGAUAUUUUUGUAUUGAUUUUUAAUAACUAUUAAAAAAAAACUAUUAAAAUUGCAAUUUUAUAUUUUGAAUAUAAUCUAAUUUAUUAAGUUAUACUUAAAAUUGCAUUUUUUAAUAUUUAAUUGCAAUUUAAUAUUUUCGUAUUGAUUUUUACUAACUGGGAUUUUAUUUUUUAUAUUUCUUUAUUGUUUAUUUUUUAAUUUUAUAUAUUUGUUAUUUUUUUAAUAUUAAUUUCUCAAAGAAUUAUGAAAAAUACUUUUUUAAAUUUAAUUGCUAUUUAAUAUUUUUGUAUUGGUUUUAGGUAUUUAUUUUCCAAAUAAUUACUCUAAUUUCAAUUUAUAUAUUUUUUGAUUUUUUUUUAGUAAUAAUUUCUCUAAUAAUUAUUAAAAAUUUAUUUUGUAUUUUUUGGCAUUGAUUUUUAAUAUUAAUUUAUCAUUUUGUUAAUUUUUUAAACUAUUGUUCAGAACAGCAAUGAGAUCAAAAUCAUUUUGAAUUUUAGAUUUCCGGAACGAAAAAUUGAGUACAAACUUGACUCGGGAGCUCAAAUUUUUACCAGGCGGAAGCAUAUUGCGUUUACCAUUAGAGCGACUUAUAAAUUUUUGAAGCCUUUCGCUUUCUAUUCUCAAAACUUAUUAAAACAAAUUUAUAGAGCUUUAAUUAGUUGCUAAUUCUUAAAAUCAAAACCGAAAGCCUAAAUUCAAUUGGCGAAAGCAAACGAAAUGCAUUUUUGCGAGUGUGGCUGGCAUAUAAUUUUUUUUUUUCAUAAAGAAAAGUAAUUUUUUAACAGUAGCAUUAAAGUAGACAGUUGCGUUAACGGUAACUUGGAAAAAGUUGACCAACAGAUAGGUAAUACCAACAACAAAUCUGGUUAUUACGAUGAGAAGCAGCGGUUUUCUGCAUACAUGCGCAUAAAUAAUAUAUUUACUUAAGUGAAAAUUGAAACAUUGAAUUUGUGAACAUUUCAAGUUUGUUAAACAGAUGAAAAUGCAUGCAAGGUAAAUGAUAUGUGAAGAGUGACCGUAGUAUAUACAUACAUACACAUAAGUAGUACAUAAAAAAUCUCUGUAAAUGGAUAACAUAGGCGUAACAAGUAAAAAAGUGAAACAAAAAUGAAAAAGUGAAAAUAAAAACUGUAACAAAAACAACAACAAAAAACGAAAAUGGAAAAACAAAAAACAAAAACAAAUAAAAAGCGUGUAAGCUGCGCGCACGCAUUGUUGCUUGAGCAUUUGAUUUACCUUCUAAUUUGCAAAUGAAAGAUUUAUGCUAAAAAUGCUUACAAACAUUAAAACAAAUCCAAAUAAAAAGAACUCAUAAACCUAAAAGUGAAAA